UAUUGGUGGUCCAUUGGUCCUACUUUCGGUUUGGUUGUGGGAACAUUUCUCAGUUGGACGACCGAGAGUGAUUGGUCACGACGCCUGGGACGAUCAUGACAAUCCGCUACGGAAGCCUACAUGGGCGUACAAGUGGGAUGAGGUUUCGGAGUUCACUGGUGACCCAAACAGGAUGUACAGGGAGUACACCAAUGAGUUUGACACGCUAACCUCUGAGCAGGUGACAUGGCAGCCAUAUGGACCGCGGGACAAUUUUGCUUUCAUCCCUGAUUUCCAGUUGAACCCGAAGUGCACGGAGGAAUCACAUCUUUGGCUGAUGCGGUGCCCAUUGAUAUGCUUAUAUGCAGUCGAGUUCCACCUUCCACAACGUGUGAUGACCCAAUUUGGGUUAUUUCAGGAUACACCGCCGAAGUGGAAGGACACAGGUGUCGCGCUUCACGGCUUGGACAAAAUGAAGCAGAAGAAGAUCAAGAACUGGGAGUCAUAUCAUGACAAGUUCAUCAAGAAAUGGAAUUACGUCGUGAGGGUGGCUAAUGAUAACCGACAAGUACAUCUCCAAGAGUACGAUGAAGCUGCAUUUGACAAAUAUCUUCGUUGGUUUCUUAGCGAGUCCCGUGUUGAGUUAUGCCCGUCUGCUUAUGAGGAGGGCAUAUUGGAGGCGCCCACAGGUUUUGAAGGGACUGCCAACCUUGAGUACAACAGGCUCAUCAGAGAGGGCAGACAAACCGGAUUCGCUCCUGUGAUCAACUUUAUUCGCCACUGAGAUCUCGCGCCAGAUUAGUGAAGCCGGCCAAGCACUCGCACAACCUCAGGGCAGGGAUUCUGAGAAUGCCCUUGGAGAGUUUGUUAAGUGUAGCGCUACUCGGUUACGUUCCUUAGCUCAUCUUCUUGGUUGCCGUACUGUCGAGGCCGACAUGCCCACCCAGUCGAGGUCCACUUCUUCUGAAGAGGAGGCGGCCGACGAGAUGACCCUGAGGGGGUUUAUGGAUGAUGCGCCUCAGCCUAGUCAGCCUACUGAGCGGCGUCACUUCAACUUAAAGCCUAGGAAGACCUUCAACCGUUAUACACCGGAGGCAUGGAACAAGAAACAAAAGAGGACCGUUGUCGAGUCCGAGAACGAGUUUGAGGACAAGGAGGAGCCGGCACCGAAGAAGGUUCUGAGGAGGUUGAAGAGGGUCGGGGUGGAGCCAGGGACGAAGAAGGUUGUGAGGCAGGCGAGGGGGAAGAAGUAGAUGUCUUGGUGAACUAUUGAAGUUGUCAUAGUUAGCUUCUAUUUGUAAACUUGUCGUAAUUCUGGACUUGUCGUUAUUGUAGACUUGCUGUGAAGUUUUCGUAACUGUGAAAUUCUUGUAAACUUAUCAACUUCUUGCCAAGCAUAGCGCCCGGUCAUGAAUCA